GGCGCCUCCUCUUCCCCCUCCCUCCCAUUGCGGCCGCCUCGCUUUGGGUUGGGUGUUUCCUCGUAGUGCGCGUGCGGCAAAAAAAGAAAAAAAAGCGCGAGAGCGCGAGAAGAGGAGGGAGGCGGGAGGGGGGAAAGGGCAAGAGGAGGCGAUAAGUGCGCGUGCGCACUGCGGGCUGGGUUGCAGCGGCGGCGGCGGCGGGCGGCGGCGGUUGAGCUCGCGGGCGGUUCCCAGCAGUUUCCAUAACAUCUGAUCCACCAUGGCUGAUGACCUAGACUUUGAGACCGGCGAUGCCGGGGCUUCUGCUACCUUCCCCAUGCAGUGCUCCGCUCUCCGCAAGAACGGCUUUGUGGUGCUCAAAGGGCGUCCCUGCAAGAUAGUGGAGAUGUCCACUUCCAAGACGGGGAAGCACGGCCAUGCCAAAGUGCACCUUGUUGGCAUAGACAUCUUCACUGGGAAAAAAUAUGAAGAUAUUUGCCCUUCUACCCACAACAUGGAUGUGCCCAACAUUAAGAGAAAUGACUUCCAGCUUAUUGGGAUCCAGGAUGGGUACCUGUCCCUGCUCCAGGACAGCGGGGAAGUCCGGGAGGACCUACGCCUUCCUGAGGGAGACCUGGGCAAGGAGAUCGAACAGAAAUACGACUGUGGCGAAGAAAUCCUGAUCACCGUACUGUCUGCAAUGACUGAGGAAGCUGCUGUUGCUAUCAAGGCCAUGGCUAAAUAAAGGAAUCACAGGGCAGCAGCAGCAGCAGCGGUGGCAGCUCCAACUUGUUAUGAACCAGAGAGGAUCGCAACCCGCCAACUGUCAGAUUUGGCUCCAAACCACCCAAAUCUUUUUUUUCUUUCCCCUCCUUUAAAAAAAAAAGGCAGAAUCCCCCCACCUCUCCCUUUUGAAUUAAACAAAAGAAAGAAACUUUUUUGUGGUCUUUUUAAACAAAACAGCUGGAUGCUAAUGUAAUAUUCCUUUUAUCAUUAUUCACUUCUUUGGUCCUUCCCCCCGGCCCUCCUCAUCUCCCCCCGUUUCGGGUGCUAGUAACACUACAGCGGUUUUCUGGCAAGAGAAGUUGAGAAUUUGCACUUAAGAAAAGGAAAAUAUUUAAACUGCUAGAAGGAGGGAAAAAACAUUGCAGAAGACUCGUGUUCUUUUUUUAAAUGCUUCUGUUAAGAGGUGGCGUGUUCGGUGGGGAGGAGCUGCCUUUUUUCUGGAACAACAAACUGAGCAAAAAUACUGUUGCGAAUUGCAGUCGCACUCUUUAAACCCUAUCAGAUGUGUUUGUUCUUGUGAGCGUUUCUGUUGAGGCAAAGUGGGAGGAGAGGCUCUUUCCACUGUUGGACGCUUCCCACCCAACCAGUCUCACCCCCCUCUCCUCAUAGCGGUGAUGGUUGCAGCAAUUUGGUCAAUUCUAUUGGACGGCAUCCUUUCUUGUUCUUGGAGGUUACCCAUUUGAUGUGGGGGGUGUUUUGGGGGGGCGGGAGAAUUUACUGCUCUAGUUGCAGAGCUUGCUUAAAAACUCCCUUAAUUGCUUCUAGAGCACAUAAGCCCCAGCCCCUAAAUCUCAAGUGGGGGGCAGGGGGUUCCUGCCAGGCACAGGGAGCACUCUCAAAGAGUGAGAGAAGAAUCGCUCAUGGCUGUCUGGUAAACGUCACGCACCUUUGCCCUCAUCCCACCUGGGCUCUGGUCCCUACCAAUCAUGUUCAAUUUCCUACCCCCUUCCCCUGGCAACCAGUGCUGUAGCUGCCCCAAGCCCCUUUUGCCUUUGGAGCUAGCAACUCUCCAGCCCGCCCCCCCUUCAGGCUGGGUCACUGUAUCCCCACCCAAGAGCUGUUCAAGGUAGGGGUCUUCUGGGGUAGGUAACAAACUAGCACCCCUUGCCUGUCUCCUUGGUUCAUAUUUACUUCCUUCUGCUGUUCACAGGUCAGCACUGUGGCUUCCUCUCCUCCCUCUCCCCUUGUUAAUCCAACACAUUUGUUAAUCAACCUCAAUAAAAACAAGUUUAAUAUGAAAAAAA